AUGAAAAGAUUUUUCGAAAGCGGAAGCUCAAAUACUAAAAAACAGAAAACACAGGCGAAUCGUAAAUAUGACGAUAGUUACUUACAAUUUGGAUUCGUUGUAAAAUUUGGUUCUGAGAAUUCUACUCCGUUACCUCAAUGUGUAAUUUGUCAAGAAACACUUUCGAAUCAAAGCAUGAAGCCAUCGCUACUUAAGCGCCACCAAUUAUCGAAGCAUCCAGAAACAGAAAAUAAACCUAUUGAAUUUUUUCAGAGAAAAGUUACUAUUUUCCGAAAGGAAUCGAAAUGCAUGUCUAGUUUUACGAACUUUAAUGAAAAUAUCGUUAAAGCAUCUUAUUUAGCAAGUUUAAUUAUUGCUAAAGAUGGAAAACCACACACAAUUGGGGAAACAUUAGUGUUGCCAGCAGCAAAAGAAAUCGUGCGAUGUGUUCUUGGAGACAAGGCUGCAAAAGAGAUAGAAAAAGUGUCACUUUCAAACGAUACAGUCAAAAGAAGAAUUGAUGACAUGUCGUCGAAUAUAAAAGAAAAAAUAUUGCUUUAUGUGAAAGAUUGUAAUUUCUUUGCUCUACAAAUUGAUGAGAGUACUGAUAUUGCUAACAUGGCUCAAUUAAUUGUAUUCAUACGUUUCGAUCGCAAUGAUGAAAUUAUUGAAGAGUUUUUGUUUUGUAAGCCUUUACAAACCCACACAACAUCAGAAAUUAUUUUUACAACCAUUAAUGAAUAUUUGAUUGAAAUAGAUCUGCCGUGGAGUAAAUGUGUGGGUUUUUGUUCUGAUGGAGCAAGGGCAAUGACUGGAAGGCUGACCGGAGUUGCAACAAGAAUAAAAAAAGUUGCCCCAUUAUGUAAAACUAUGCAUUGCAUGAUUCACCGGCAAGCAUUAGCAUCCAAAAACAUGCCUAGAAGUUUAAAAUUAGUUCUUGAUAGUGCUGUCAAAAUCGUAAAUCUAAUCAAAGCCAGACCUCUCAAUUCAAGAUUAUUCACAGUAUUAUGUAACGAAAUGGGCAGUACUCAUAACUCUCUUCUUCUCCACACAGAGGUAAGGUGGCUUUCACGAGGAAAAGUCCUCACCAGACUAUUCGNUUAUUUCGCAAGUAUCUAAGAAUGAUCUUUCAGCAUUCGAGACACUUAACACAUUUUGGAACGAUAACGAAGUUCAGCCAAAUUCAAAUAUAAUUACAGACAUUUCGGAACACCUACAAUCACUAAAAUCCAAUGUUUUACAAUAUUUCCCUGAGGAUAACUCAGAAAUGAAAUGGAUCAUAAACCCUUUCGUAGAUGAUUAUAUUAAGAAUAUUCCAGAUGGCAUUUUGGCAAAAGAAUUAUUUAUUGACUUAACCAGUGACUCUACCCUAAAAACCGCUUUCAAUAACAAAAAUAUCACUAAUUUUUGGCUGGACGUGAAAAAAGAAUACUCGGCAUUGUCCACACAAGCUUUACAGUUUUUAAUCCCUUUUGUAUCAACAUAUCUGUGCGAAAAAACAUUUUCUGACUUAUUGUACAUAAAAAAUAAAUAUAGAAGUAGAUUAAACGUAGAAAGUGAUUUAAGACUUAAAGUUACCAAUUUGGAGCCCGAUAUUGAUGUCAUCGUUCGUUCAAAACAACACCAAUCGUCUCAUUGA